CCCCCGGCCCCGGCCCCGGCCCGGCGGCGGCGGCGAUGGAGCCCGGCCCGGGGCCGGCCUGAGCCGCGAUGCGAUGGAGAAGCUGGCGGCGGGGCUGGCCCGGCUCCGCUGGAGCCCCGCGGCGCUGCCCCUCGACGCCAUCGUGAGCCAGUGCCGCCUGCCCACCCUCGUCUGCCUCGGGCAGGGGGAGCGCGUGGAGGGGGUGACGGCCCAGGACGUGCUGCUGGUCCACUCGUGCCGGCAGUGGACCACGGUGACGGCGCACAGCCUGGAGGAGGGACACUACGUCAUCGGCCCCAAAAUCGACAUCCCGCUCCAGUACCCAGGGAAGUUCAAGCUGCUGGACCAGGACCGGGACAUCCGUGAGCCUGUGCAGUACUUCAACAGCGUGGAGGAGGUGGCCAGCACCUUCCCAGACCGCAUCUUCGUCAUGGAGGCCAUCACCUUCAGCGUCAAGGUGGUGUCGGGGGAGUUCAGCGAGGACAGCGAGGUUUACAACUUCACGCUGAACGCGGGGGACGAGCUGACGCUGAUGGGGCAGGCGGAGAUCCUCUGCGCCAAGACCGUGAAGGAGAAGUCGCGCUUCAACACCCUCCUGCGCAAGCUGGGCAAGGCGGCGCCGGCGGCGGGGGCGCGGCAGGUGAAGGGCAAGAUGCCGUGUCUGAUCUGCAUGAACCACCGCACCAACGAGAGCCUGAGCCUGCCCUUCCAGUGCAAGGGCCGCUUCAGCACGCGCAGCCCGCUGGAGCUGCGGCUGCAGGAGGGCGAGCACACCAUCCGCAGCAUCAUCGAGAAGGUGCGGCUGCCCGUGAACGUGGCCGUGCCGAGCCGGCCCGCCCGCAACCCCUACGACCUGCACGCCAUCCGCGAGGGGCACUGCUACAAGCUGGUCAGCAUCAUCUCCAAGACGGUGGUGCUGUGCUGCAUCCUGCGCCGCGACGAGCUGGUGCCCUUCCACUUCCUGCUGCUGACCGACAUGCCCCGCUUCCAGCUGCCCGAGGGGCUGCUGGCCGGGGACCCGCAGCUGGAGAAGCUGCUGCGGGACAGCGCCGCGUAUUGCCAGGACCGCUUCAACCCCGACGAGUACUCGCGGGCCGUGCGGGAGGCCAAGCCGGACUUGCUGGAGGAAUGUGCCAGCCCGCGGCGCCUGCGGCUCUGCCUGCCCGCCUGCGCCCGCGACGAGCUCAGCCAGCCCCUCCAGCGCCUCUCCCUCUGUGCCUGCGGCUCCCGGGAGCCUCCCCGGGAGCCCCUCGCCCGCUGCCACGGACCGCGGGGCCUCGGCGGGGCCGCCCCCCGCCCGCCGCUGCCCGACUUCCCCGACCCCGACCGCGAGUACAUGACGCCCGACUGGGCCGAGCCCGAGUUCAGGACUCAGGAGCCGCUGGAGAUCCCCUACGAGGAGCUCUGGAGCAAUCCCGGCCCGGAGGGUUGCUGCGAGCUGGGCGGCACCGGCGGCCGGCCGGACCUGGUGUCCUUCGGGGCCGUCCCCGCGCUGAGCCCCGCGCACCGCCCCGGGGACGAGCCCCGCGGGGACACCCCGCCCCCGGUGCCACCCAAAUCGGAGGCGGUGAAGGAGGAGUGCCGGCUGCUGAACGCGCCCCCCGUGCCGCCCCGGGGCAGCCGCGCCCCGGGCCCCUGCAGCCCCCCGGCCCCGCUGCGCUGCCCGAAGCUGGCAGCGCCCGCGCCCUCGCCCAGCCCCAGCCUCUCCUACUACUCCUCGGGGCUCCACGACGGGUCGGCCCCGCGGAGCGGCAGCGGUUCGCCCUCGCCCGACGCCUACUCCCUGUACUGCUACCCCUGCACUUGGGGCGACUGCAAGGCCGGGGAGCCCCCCGGGCGCCCGCUGCCCCCCGCCGCGGCCCAGCCGCCGCCCGGCUCCUGGUCCGAGCCCUGGGCAUACGCCGAGCCGGGCGCCGGGGCGGGCAGCGCCUGCUCCACGCCGCUGCCGGGGGCCGACCCGCCCCUGAAGCCCUUCCGCAGCUGCCCCCGCCUCAAGCCCCCGCACCCCCAAAAGCGCUUUGCCCCCUUCGGGGCCCUCAACCCCUUCGCCGGCCCGGCCGAGUGGCCGGAGAGCCCCGAGUGGUCCAAAGCACCUUCGGCCCCGGCCGUCCCCCCCUCCUCCUCCUCGCCGGAGCCCUUCGCCCCCCUCGAGGAGCCGGCGGCCCCUCCGCGGCCCCCCAAGGGUUUGGACGGGGACGGCAUCGUCAUCCGGGGGGCGUCCCCGCUGUCCCCCGCCGUCCUGCGCGGGGCCGAGGGCGUGGCCCGCCUGUACCUGGCCCAGGGCGUCAUCGAGGUGCCGCCGGCGGCGCGGGGGGACGGGGGGGCCUCGGCGGCCGCCCCCCGGCCCGGCGGGGACGGCCCGGCCUGGCUGCCCCCCGCCGACCUGUCGGCCCUGUCGCUGGAGGAGGUGUCCAAGUGCCUGCGCUUCAUCGGCCUCUCCGAGGACGUCGUGAGCUUCUUCGCCCGCGAGCGCAUCGACGGCAGCAUCUUCGUGCAGCUCAGCGAGGAGAUCCUGGCCGACGACUUCCGCCUCACCAAGCUCCAGGUGAAGAAGAUCAUGCAGUUCAUCAAGGGCUGGCGCCCCAAGAUCUAACCCCGCGCUGGGGACCCCCUGCCCCGGGAGGUCCCCGAGGCGCUUGGACCUCGCCCCGUUCCUGUCCCUGCUCCGAUGGGGCGGCGUCAGGGGGUUCUCCUCCCCCAGAAGCUCGGCCCCAUUGCCCAGCCCUCCCCCCUUCCCAUUUUAACACUGGACAGUAAUUUUGGCCCCAACGGGCUGGAAAACACUGGAUUUUGCGUUGACUGGUUUAACUUAAUCCUUGUGGAUUAGCACAAUAAACGUACGGGAGUAACGA